CUCGCCUUCUGAACUUUUUGGCACUCCCGUUGAGAUGGUCGUUGAGAAGUUUAAGGAGCAGUCAGUGAAGAACGAUGACGUCUGGUAAACGAAAGCUUUGUGACACACUGGAUGAUCUGGAAAAAAAAGAAUUGAAGAGAUUUAAGAGCUACUUAAGAGAAGAUGGACCUAUUCCAGUUUCUGUACUGGAGAAAGCAGAUGCAACUGACACAGUAGAUCAGAUGCUGGAUCGUUUUGGACCAGAAAGAGCUGUGAAGAUCACACUGGAUAUCCUGAAAAAGAUGAACCAGAACCAUCUUGCUGAACAGUUAGAGAACAAACACACCAAAGUCAAGAUAAUCAGCUGUGCUCAGACUGAAGUCAGAGUUGAUCUAAAAACAGGUGCAAAAAAGACGGUCUUCUCUGAAUUUGUGGAAAGAUUUGUUGAGGAGAUUGUGGACAAAGAGUGUUUUGGAGACAUGAAAGUAAAGCUUUCUAUGAUUUUUGAGUUUGGUGUGAAAGUCACCAAGGGCUGA